AUGUCCACUGUGGUCCUCAGCAACCUCCCGAUGGGGUGCAUCGAGUCUGACAUCCACCGGGCUUUACUCAUGUACGGCACCGCUGUGAACAUUGAGAUGAAUUCGCACGCAUCACAGGCUACUGUGACGAUGCGCACGAAGCAGGAGGCUCAGGCGCUGCUGAGUCGCCGCUCUGUGAACGUCAUUGGCACCUCGGUCCGCGUAGACGCUCAGAUGCAGGCCCCACCACCACCGCAGCAGCUCCAGCAACAGCAUCCGCAUCAGCCGCCUCAACAGCAGCAGAUGAUGCCUCAGCCAUCGCAGCAUCUGCAACAGCAACAGGUGGGGAGUUACGGGUAUGUGUCGGGCAAUGGCGGGCAGCAGCAACAGUCCAUCUAUGGCAGCAUGGCGCCGCAGCAGUAUCCCCAGCACGAGCUCAGCCAUCAGCCGCAGCAUUCCCAGCAGCAGUAUGUGCAGCCGCAGCAGUCAUACCCGCAACAGCCGCAACAGAUGCCCUUGCAGUCGCCACCGCACAGCACGGGCAGCUACAUGCCAAACACCAGCCACCAAGGCGGCGGCAGUGGGCAGGCAAUCAUGCCGGUGCCUCCGCAGCCCUCUCGGCGUCUGCGUGUUCUGGUUGAAGACUGUCGCUACCCGAUCACCCGAGACGUGCUCAUGCAAAUGUUCAGCAUGAUCGCCCCGCCCGUUAGCGUGUCUUGUGGCCCGUAUGGCCCGACGACCACCGGCGCGGUCGAAUUCGCGGACGCGGCAUCGGCGCAACAAGCCAUGGACCAAUUCCACAACAAUGCUAUCUACCCUAACUGCUGCUACGUCAAGCUGUUCUUUGAGCUGAUGUGGGACCGAGUCGACCCGGUGCAGCCGCCUCUGCAGUCGCACCAGGUGCACUCGCACGGCGGCAGCAACAGCGGCUAUGGCUACCCCGCACAGGGUCCCACUAACGCGCCGCCAUCGGUGAACGUGAAUCCGUACGGCGUGGCACCCCACGCCUCUGCGCAACCGGACGCGUGCGGAGCGGGCUGGGGCGGCAGGGAUGGUGCCCAACAUUACGGCGGUUCCACCCCGUCGAGUGCCGCACCGCAGUCGCAGCCGGCGCCGCAUCCGCAGCCUGGACAACCCGCAACCGAUUCUUUUGGCCGCGGCCGAGGCGACUGUGGGGCCGGUUCUGAUUCUGCAAACGACAAUGACCCCGCGGUGCAACAUGGCAGCGAGAGCAGGGCUACUCGUGGCAUGGCGCCUGGACCAAUGGUGAGAGGCGGCCGGGGUGCCGUGCGAGGUGGCAUCGGGGGUCGUGGCAGUGGUACGGAGGUCGGUGCUGCGACCGGCUUCAGCCCGCUCGAACCCUCAGGCGCACCGCCGACGCGGGGUGGCGGUGCUGGCGUCGGACGUUAUCCUGGAUCGGAGACGAGCGGCUGCACCAUUAUGGUUAGCUGUGUGAAUGAGUCGGUUCCUUUGUACGACUUAUGGGUGUUAUUGGAGGUGUUUGGCAACGUGAACUCGUUGAAGCGACAGUUUCGCGAUCGCACAAACGUGGUGGCGCAGUUUCAGCACCCCGGCGACACGCUGACGGUGAUUCAGUACCUGCAGCACUGCCCGUUUCGCGGUAGUGUGCUGCGGCUGAAGCGCUUCAACGGCUACCAAGAGCGGGAUACCGAGUGGGAAACAAAGUCAGCGACUGAUCCGGCAACACAGGCUGCUCUCUUCACCACGGGCUACCACCACCGCACGGCGCCGCGAGCGCCGGUGAACGUGCGAGGCCGCGUGCACCCGGACAAGAACCUAUACAUCACCAACCUCACCGAGGCCAUCUCGGACGACGAGCUGAAGGGGAUCAUGAAGGAGGCAGGCUUUGAGCCGGACGCGUUCUUUCGUCGCGGCCAGAAAGGAGCCAUUGUCGCCUACAAGGAUACGGAGACGGCCGUGGAUGCGCUCAUCGCGUUACACGCCAAGGAGGUGCGGGAGCGCUUCCUCCGGGUAACCUUUUCGCGCUUCCCACCCGGCCCGCGGCCCUCGCGCGGCGGCGUCGACAAGGGAGAUGAGGACGACGACGGGGAUGCGGAGCAGUGCAACGGACAGCAGGAGAUGCAGUCAGAGCCACCGCAGCAGCAGCAGCAGCUGCCUCAGCCGUCGCAGUUGAACGAGCCAGCGCCUCAAGAAUCUGCCGAGCCGCCGGCGCCGCCACCACAGGAGCCUGAGCGUGCUCCGGAGGAGGCUGGCGGCGGCGAGGUGGAGCCGGCCGUACCUGAGGCGGCUCCAAGGGUGGCGAAGGUAAAAGCGAAGUCUGCCAAGAGGUAG